AGAUGCAUUUUAGUCUAAUCAGAUGGAAUGUCAAAAAGGAGAAAAAAUGAAACAUGGUAUUAUCCUUUAAAUCCUAAACGAAUUUCUCAAAAUAGAAAUGAGAAGGCUUCGGGCUAUCCACACAUCACUAGCAGGAAUGGCAACUAUGGAAACAGCAGGAACUUUGAAAUGGGGUCACUGACCCCAUAUAAAAAAACAAAUUAUGGGGGCGGAGCAAACUGCAGAGCGAGAUGGAAGCAAUGUGAGGGAGCUCCUGUGCUGCAGACUCUAAAGAAGCGUCCGGUCCGCUCACAUAUCAUGGGGAAACACAGAAAACUGAAAGAUCAGAGUGGAGAGGUACAGAAAACACAGAAACAUACCGAAGCACAGCGUCUACUGAAGCAAUUCUUCAUGCCGUCGGACAGUGAGAAAGCUACGGGCGUUUCCAAGAUGGCGUCUCAUCCCGCCAGAGGAUCUGCAACAGAUUCGGAUAGUGAGUCGGUCUCGAAAGAGGGUAAAAAAAACAUGCUCACGGGCCCAGAAGAUCUAUCUACCUUCUGCCAAGUGUGUGGUGAACCAGAUGUUGAAGAAUGGAAACAGUUCUGCCAAUCUCCUUCGGUCCCAGACCUCGUGAGGAAAGAUUCAUGGUCCUUGGUCUCCUCGCCUAAAAACAAAAAAAAGAAGGUUAAACAGACACCGGAAAAGAAGAAAGCUACAACUGACACUUGAUUCAUACUUUGGGACUUUGAACGGCUCCCCAUGAGCCGUUCAAAGUCUAAGUUGUCUCAACUUCAGGACUGGUAUAUUUAAUAUCCUUUUUCUUUUUUAUAUUUUUUCUGUUUUUCAUAUGCUUUGAGAGUUUGCGUUGCGGGACUUCACUUGUCCGUCUGACAGACGGUACUUCCCCCCCCCCAGGGGUACCAACAGGGUAUACCUGACGAAUUUUGACCCUUUUCAGGGAGUCAAUAAGUUUGCCCCAUAAGUUUUACCACUGCUAUUUUUUUUUACUUAUUUUAAGAUGCUGAAAUCUGUGAUGUGGUUUUAUAUUGUUUUCAUUCCUGGAACAAAUGUUGUUUUGCUUGUGUUAACUAUGGGUCGAUUUUUCACGCAACUGUUCGGACAUAGUUGGUUCACUACUUUGAACACGCUUUUACCUAUGUGAUGGCGAAGGUGAUAAAUGUAUGUUCACUCAAUGCUAAUGGGUUGAACUGCCCUGAAAAAAGAAGUAAAAUUAUGAGGGAACUGGUACAUAAUAAGGCAAAUGUGGUUAUGUUGCAAGAAACCCAUUUUAAAGGUACUGACUUUUUCCUUCAAAAAUAUAGGGAUUUCCCCAGAUGGUUUUAUAGUAAUGAUCCACAUAGUAAGAUUAAUGGAGUAGCGCUAAGACUACACAAAUCAUUGGAUUUUCAAUUAAAAGACGAAAUGAAGGAUGUAGAGGGGAGAUAUGUUAUUGUUAAAGGGAUUCUGCAACAAAAGAAAUGCACCUUGGGCUGUCUUUAUUUGCCGAACACCAACCAAGUUAUUUACCUUAUUAAACUCCUGAAUAACACUGAAAACUUUGCAGAGGGAUUAAUUAUCUUGGGAGGGGAUUUGAAUCUCACCCUGAAUCCUGCUAUAGAUAACUCUAAGGGUACUUCAUAUAUACCUUAUUCGGCCUUGAACAAGGCAAAAAAGAAAUUUCAAAAAUGCCACCUAAUUGAUACCUGGAGAUAUACACAUAACUCGGACAAAGACUACACUUUCUACUCCGCAGCUAAGAAUACGUAUUCAAGGAUAGAUUAUAUUUUUGUAUCCCAAUUCCACUUAGAAACAGUGAAAAUGGCUAAGAUACACAAUAUAAUUUGGUCUGACCACGCAAUGACGCAAAUUCAGAUUUCACUCCCUACCCGGCCAACAAUAGCGUGGAGGUGGCGGUUAAAUGAUACUCUAUUGGAUGACCCGAAGUGCAUGACUGAAUUAAAACGAGCAAUAAUAGAAUAUACUGCAAAUAUAAAUAAUGAUGGAACCUCACCAUUAACCUGAUGGUUAGCGCUGAAUGCCUUGUAAGAGGAAUAUUGAUUAAGCAUGGUGCAAGAUUGAAAAGAGAGAGAUAUGCACGCACAAUAUCUCUUUUAGAACGUAUACAUGAACUUGAAUUAGAACAUAAGCACCAACAAACAGAUCAUAUCUUUGCACAACUCACCAAAGCACUUCUGGAUUUACACACACAUACGAAUAACCAAACCAAAUUUUUUCUAUCUAGAAUAUGGCAACAAUAUUAUGAAUUUGGUAACAAACCAGAGAAAUUUUUAGCUAAAGCUUUGAAAAAGAAACAAGCCAAUGCCUUUAUUUGCCAAAUUAAGGACUCCCAAGGUAAAACUCAGAAGACCCCUCAAAAAAUAGCAGAAACAUUUAAACGUUACUAUGAAAAAUUGUAUAAUUUGCAAGAUUCUGAGAAUUUGUGUACACUACAGUACAUUUCUCCGGUCAUUCCUAAAGACAAGUUUCAUAUGCUAACUAGACCAAUUGAUAUCGACGAAAUUGAGGAAUACAUCAAAUCACUAAAACUAAGUAAGGCCCUGGCCCUGACGGAUAUACUGCUACAUUUUACAAACUCAGUAAAGCGGAAAUAAUCCCACUGCUUCUCUCAUUAUUCAACAAUCUUUCACUUGACAACCCCCCCCCCAAUAAAGAAUUCUUACUGGCCCAUGUAUCAGUAAUUCCUAAGGCUGGAAAAGACCAACUGCUAUGCAGUAGUUAUAGGCCUAUCUCCCUACUUAAUUUGGAUCUUAAGAUUUAUGCCAAACUCUUGGCUCAGCGACUGAAACCAUUACUGCCUCAAGUCAUACAUAGAGACCAAGUAGGCUUCGUUCAGGGUAGGGAAGCUAAAGAAAAUACAAAUAAGGUGAUAAAUUGGUUAUUAUGGAGCAAAAGAUUGAAGAUACCCUCCCUACUUUUAUC